GACACCGACAGAGACACACAGCACCACCGGGUGAGAGCGAAGGAGACACCGACAGAGACACACAGCACCACCGGGUGAGAGCGAAGGAGACACCGACAGAGACACACAGAGACUCACCCAACCUUCACCAGACCACUGAUCCACACCUGCAGCCUGGCUGUUACUUUCAAGGCUCUUUCUCUUGGACUCCUCUUUCCUCUCUCUCUCCAUCUGUCGCUCCUGAUCAUGUGGAAGGCUGCGGUGUUGACGUUUGGCCUGUUGGUGGCGCUGGUGGGUAUGGUGCAGGCUGCAGAGGGCCACGCUAACUCUAUCUACGGUGUGAAGCUGUGCGGGAGAGAGUUUAUACGGGCCGUCAUCUUCACCUGCGGAGGAUCGCGUUGGAGGAGAGGAGUGGGCGACGCCGGUGAGAUGGGUGACAUCUCCAUUGACGAGGAGACUGAGGCCUACAGCCCAUGGAGCUCCAACGCCAUCCCCGGCCUCGCCAGCAAGCAGCGUCCAGGAUUGGAGGCUCAGGGCUGGGCAGGCGAGGUCAGGGAGGGGGGCUCUGCCGCUGCUGCGUUCAGUCGUUUGGCCCGCUCGCCCAUCUCAGAGGAUGUGCUAGAGGCGCUGCGCAGUGCGGACAGGAAGGGGCGGGAUGUCGUGGUGGGCCUCUCCAACGCCUGCUGCAAGUGGGGCUGCAGCAAGAGCGAGAUCAGCUCCCUCUGUUGAGCACUACCAACACCUCUCCUUU